UUUUUGGCGCGCUAAUUACACGAAAUUUAUUCUUAUCUGUUAGAUAUUCUCGUCAUACCGUUGAUAGUCGCAGCUCGCAGAGCAGUUGCACGUGUAUCGUAACAGUUCCCUCAAGUAUAUCAUGGAUCCCAACAAUAAGAAAUAUGGUUUGAUUAUUCCAUCCAAAAAUAAGGGAAUAAAAUCUUCCUUUUUGUCGAACGUAAAUGAGUUGAAAAGACCUGGCAAAGUCUUUGAAGGUGCUGGUAGCUCAAGUGAGGACAAUCUUGAAGAAGAUGAGGACGAGGGAAGCAAAGUCUUGGACUGGAGAAGUCGUGCAGUUGCUAAAGCGGCAGAAAAGAGCAUGCAGCGAAAUCAAGCCAGACAAGUAGCACUCAAAGCACUAGCAGAGGAUCCUACUGUGUAUCAAUAUGACGAGGUAUAUGAUGAAAUGCAGCAGAAAAGAGAAGAAAGCAAACCACCAAAGGAAGAAAGAAAGCCGAAGUACAUCGCCAAUCUCUUGAAGACAGCUGAAUUACGCAAGGUAGAACUAGAAAGAAGAGUAGAGCGAAAGGUACAAAAGGAGAGAGAAACAGAGGGCGACAUGUUCAACGAUAAAGAAGCUUUCGUAACGCCUGCUUAUCGAGCCAAAUUAGCUGAGCUGAAGAAAUUGGAAGAAGAAGAAAGAUUACGUGAACUCAGUGAAGCUAAUUUAGACGUGACCAAACAGCGGGAUCUCAGUGGCUUUUACCGCCAUCUAUACAAACAGACUUUCUCAGAAGACCAGCCCAAGAAAAUCGAGAAACCGGAAGAACCCGUAACAUUCAAGAAAGAACCCGUCGAAUCGGAUUCAAAGGCUCGGCGCCAGUACCGUUCACGAAGGGAAGAGGAAGAAGAAGAAGUACCUUCACCCGAACAGGGGACGGAACAAGUUGAACCAGAAACAUCCGAUGACGAGAAAAUACCCGACAAUAAAUCUCACAUAGACCGCAGACCUGCUGCGUCCGCUUCUCUGCUUUCGGCCGCUGCCACUGACCGCGCCGCCGCAGCUGAUCGCGCUGCGGAGAAAACCGCUUCGUCCGAUGCGAUGGCAGAACCUAUUGUCUCUUCCCACCAUUCAAACAUUAAAGAGGAGGAAGACUCUGAAUCGGAUAAUGACAGUGAAAAACGUUCGAGCCAUUCACCGCCCCCCGAAGAGGUCACCGCCCCACCGAAAAUCAAAAUAGACAUAUGGAAAAAGCGCACCACCGGCCAGCUGCUUGAAGAGGCCAUUCAACGAUACUUGGCAAGGAAGGAAGCCAGAGAAAUGGAUUAAUUGUCCAGUGCAAUUUUUCAUUUCUUUAUUUCAUACAUAUAACGGCUAUUUACAAAUAACGUUUUGUUACUUCUGUACAAGAAAAUACCGACCAACAAACACAA